GUGAAGCAUGUGUGAGGUACAUUGCGUCAGAGCAGUGCAAACAAAUGACACUUGGAAGAGGUGGGAUAGACUAUUUAAGGAGCAGUGUUUGAGGGCUCCAGUACAACCAAGCAACUCUCUGUUCUCACCCAUCUACAACGGGAACGCACAUCUCCUUUAAAAGUUAUGUACAGUGGGAUCUGCAUCUGCCUUUUCCUGGCUGUCCUGGCCACCAACUCCUCAGGGCAGCAACCUUCAGGGUCCCACAAUGCCAACCCAGUGAUCACUGACUUCGAGCAGACCCUGGCGGAGAACCAUCGUCAUGCCCGCACCCCAGCCUCGGGGGGUCCAUUGAAAUCAGUCCCACGAAUGGAUGGCAAUGCUGACCCCAAAGCCAACCUUGGAGUUCUGUUGGCCAAAUACCUCCAGCAAGCCCGAAGAGGUUCCCCUGGGAAAAUCUCUGCGAUGGGAUUACAGAGUUUUGACCCUACACACAGGAUAAAAGACAGAGACUACAUGGGCUGGAUGGAUUUUGGACGCCGCAGUGCUGAAGAAUACGAGUACUCUUCUUAAAGAGCAUCAAACGAUCCUUAAGAGAAAUAAAAAUUAAGUCCCAUUGCUGUACAAAAAAAAAAAUUGUCAUCCUUUUCAAAUCAGUGUUUUAAAAACAUAUGUACUGGAUGUAAAUUUGUCUGUAAAACUAUACAAUGCAAUAUAUAUUAUAUAAACAUA